UAGCAAAACACGUUACAAUAUUAUGCUUUUCCCUUUAAACAUGGUAGACCAGUCACAUAAUAUUAUGAUUUUAGGACACGUUAUGUUGCAAUACACUAUACCUUGCUCUGGUGCCACACAGAUGCGUAACUGGAGUGUAACAGACCUCCGAAUGUUUGCUUAGUAGACAGUAACAUGGCCUCGCUGUUUUCCUAUUCCACUCCAAAGGAAAAUGCCUUUUUUCGUCUUCAAGCUGUAUGUACCAGGCAGUAAGUUAGCAGUGCAAUAUGGAUCAAGGACAAAAGUGGUUGAAGACCAAGCGAUCUCUUGGAGAAUAUCUGACUUGUUCUCCGAUGAGCUAUCUGACGUCCCUUGUGAGAUGUGUAGUGAUAGUGACUCAGACAGUGGCAGUGGCAGUGACAGGGGACAACAAAGAAUUGUGGCCACAGACAGUAAAAGUGACAGCAGCUCAGACAAAAAUGCAGAUGUGGAAAGGAGUUUCUCCAAGUACAAGAUGUGCUGUCAGACAACAGGCAUUGUCGAGAAUCUCCGCAUGUUAACCGUCAUCUAUUGAAACUCUGAAUGAGGUGACAAAUAUUGGAAUAUAUACCGUAUAUGUACAUUUGAUGAGCGUUACAAGAUGGUAGAAAAAAUGUAUCAAAACGUUUAGCUUCAA